CUUUUCCUUUCCUCGCACCAUCGUGUUCAUGGAUGUAUCUCUCUCUUAAUAGCACUUUCCAUGGAAGAUAAGAACCACCUUCCUUCUCUUCCUCCUAACUACGUCACUCUCUCUCAGCUUCAAGAGCGCUGGCUCAAGCAAAAGGAGAAGGAAAAGCAACUCCAAGAGAAGCACCAGGAAGAGCAACACCAAAAACAACAGCAACAAAUCCCCAAGCUCUCCCAACAUAAUCCUCGUGAAUAUCACCGAGGACGACGACCCAAAACCCAGCAAAAGGCAUGGCAAGCGAUUCCAGCUUGUCUAACCGGUGCUGGGCAUGCCGCCGUGAAACGUCCAUCGGCGGAAUUUGGGCCUAAGAAUCCGAUCGUUCAGGAAAGCAAUCGCGUCGUUGUCGAGGUCAGUCGUGAAACGAAUGAGACUGUGGAGGCCGAGGCCGAUGUCGGAGAUGGAAAUGAUGGCCAGGAUGGCAAGAAAAAACAACGGAAGAAGAAGUGGAAGAGGGGGAAAUGGAAGCCUAGGGCAGGUGAGGAGAAGAAAAAAUUGGCUGAAGAUGCGACGGAAUCUACAAUCGUGGGGAACAAAGAGGUAGAAAAUUCCGAUUCUCAGAGGGAAACCAAAAUUGAAUUGAAUGGUAGUAAGAGUAAUAAUUUGAUGAAUGAGGGUGAAGAAGAAUUGGGGAUUAUGUCAAUGAACCCUGAGAAUGAGAAGCAGAAUAGCAGAGUUAAGACACAUGAUAGUUCCCGUGGCUCUCGGAGGAAUAACGGAGGCCGCAAUGACAGGAUCGGAGCUUUUGGUAAGGCAGGCAAGAAGAAGAAAAAAUUGGCUGAAGAUGCCGCGCAAUCUACAAUGGUGAGUAACAAAGAGGUAGCAAAUUCCGAUGUUCAGAUGGUCGAUGGCAAGGGGGAAACCAAAAUUGAAUUGAAUGGCAGUAAGAGUAAUAAUCUGAUGACUGAGGUUCAACAGAAAUUGGGAAGUGUGUCACUGAACCCUGAGAAUGAGAAGCAGAAUAGUAGAGUUAAGACAUAUGAUAGUUUCCGUGGCUCUCGGAGGAAUAACGGAGGCCGCAAUGACAGGAUUGGACCUUAUGGUAGGGCAGGUAAGGAGAAGAAAAAAUUGGCUGACGAUGCCGCGCAAUCUACAAUGGUGGGUAACAAAGAGGUAGCUAAUUCCGAUGUUCAGACGGUCGAUGACAGGAGGGAAACCAAAAUUGAAUUGAAUGGCAGUAAGAGUAAUAAUUUGAUGACUGAAGUUCAACAGAAAUUGGGGAGUGUGUCACUGAACUCCGAGAAUGAGAAGCAGAAUAGCAGAGUUAAGACAUAUGAUAGUUCCCGUGGCUCUCGGAGGAAUAACGGCGGCCGCAAUUACAGGACUGGACCUUAUGGUAUCAAAAUUCGUGCUCAUGACGUUCAAUGGCAGAGGGUUGAUCAGAAAAUUUGGGUUAGAAAGAGUGAGGAUUCUAAUGGUAACGUUGAUCGCAAUGAAAUAUCCAGUAAAUGAAAUGUUGUUUUAGUAGUGAUACUGGUGAGUCUUCAGAGUGAUUGGUAUGCAAGGAUGUCAAUUAGUACUAUGUAGCCUGGAAUUUGGCCCAUUUUAUAGCUUGCUUUGGUAGCACUCACAAACUCAACAUAUUUUUCCUCUUUUACCCUUAAUUUUUUCUAACCUUGUAAACACUCAAGUUGAUCGCAUCCUGUUAUGGGCUUCUUUUGCUCUCUUUGUACCCAAUGCUCGCACAUUUUGAACUGUUAUGAUGGGCAGAGUUAUCUUUUAAUUGAUGAGCAUUGAAGUAGUGGUCUUAUCCUGAGUCCAAUAAACGUGUGACUCUUGCUGUUGGCGUGAGAGUUAGGGCCAUCACUAUCUUGGUUGAAAUAAACUGAAGACUGUGAUGUUCUGGAAACAGAUUAACUUUAUACAU